ACGGAGUGUCCCCUGACAUGUUAUCACCUCACGAUACUACGACGUCGCCUGAGAUUCUAUCACCGGUGGAAUUAAGACAAGUUCCUGCUCCUGACAUUCCACUCGUGCGUGAUGAAGAGUGACAUGGGUGGUAGCUGCAGGAUUAUGCUUGCUGUUCCUCAUCGCCAUCGUAGCCACCAUUAAAGCAGGCUCCAUUUUUGAACCAGAAGAUGAUGGCAGAACGUCAGUUGGGGGCGGCGAUAAUGACGAAGAAAAGACCACCAGAACCCCAGACAGCACGCUUCCAGGAACUAGGGCCAGCACAGCAACUACUACAACAACUACAACCACGACUACUACCACAACGACCACCACUACAACAACUACAACCACAACUACUACCACAACGACCACCACCACAACAACUACAACCACGACUACUACCACAACGACCACCACAACAACUACGACCACUACCACAACUACGACCACCACCACUAAAAGCCCUUUCACGCCCCAACAGCUGCAGAUACUUACCAAGGUGCGAUCGGAACCAGGCAUCCAUCUCUAUGAGACUAUCCCUCACCAGUUUAUACCUGGAAAAAAAGAGACGUGCUACUUACGAACGAUGCCCGUAGGACUUAUAAAGAAGACAACAUACACGCAUGUCUUUGAGUACACGAACGUGGAAAACGAGACAAGAUUUGGCAUGCAAACCCAAUUGAGUGUAUCCAAACAUGGCUACCAGACACAAUUCUGGGUUGGUAAAAGCGAGUUCACGUACUGGCUUGAUUAUGAAGACAGCAACAAACAAAAUGACUUCGAGGCAUUGUGGACUAUCUGGGGCGUUAAUCCUGGAGUUCACGUGAUGCAAACUGCUAUACUCGACACAUGUGCAUUUCAGGUGAGCAUGGACGGCAACCAGCCGCAUUCUCCCAAAAAAGACUGCACUGGAUUCGAGAAUGCGAGGCAUCAUGCCGUGGAUGACCCAGAGUCUACUGCACCACUUAUCGUCCACGAGAUUCACGUCACGAACAGCGAAAAUCCGUCGUUGCUUUUUAAUCAGGGAUCAGACUUCAUUGCUCCUCAGGCCGGACUUUUUGAUGGAGGUUCCGCCGUUUGGGAUGGAGAGGCUAGUAAAAUGUGA